CUAACUGAUGGGUAUCUCGAAACACCGAUCGAUUGGGUACCGGGAGCGCCGAACAUGAGACUACGAGACUUCCCGAGCUUCAUUCGAACGCUGGACCCCGACGAGUUCAUGGUGCACUUCGUCCUGCACGAGACGGAGCGCACCCCCAUGGCGUCUGCUGUCCUCCUCAACACGUUCGACGAUUUCGAGCGCCCGGCGCUCGAAGCCAUGGCGGCUAUCGUGCCGCCCAUCUACACCAUCGGCCCCCUCUCCCUCCUCGCCCGACGCAUCCCCCACGGCCCACUCAGCUCCGUGGGCUCCAACCUGUGGAAGGAGGAGCCCGCUUGCUUAAAAUGGUUGGAAAACAAAAGGCCCGGGUCCGUUGUCUACGUGAACUUCGGUAGCAUAACGGUCAUGACGAACCAGCAACUGAUAGAGUUCGCGUGGGGGCUCGCGAAUAGCGAGUACGAGUUUCUGUGGAUCAUCAGACCCGACCUUGUUAAGGGCGACGCCGCGGUGCUCCCGCCGGAGUUUGUAGAGGGGACGAAGGAGAGGGGGCUCAUGGCGAACUGGUGCCCGCAGGAGGAAGUGCUUCGCCACCCCGCGGUGGGCGCGUUCCUGACACACAGCGGGUGGAACUCCACGCUGGAGAGCGUGUGCGGUGGCGUGCCGAUGCUAAGCUGGCCCUUCUUUGCAGAGCAGCAAACCAACUGCAGGUACACAUGA